GGCAAGACCGGCCUUAAAAUGUCAAAUUGCAUGGCGGUGCGUCGCUUUUUUGCCAAUCAUUGCCGUAUUACUACGAAAAUACCCGUAUUUACGACUAAACAACGGAAAAUAUUUACUUGUGCACGCACUAUAACAAAUUUUGAGGCUCCCAAAAGAUUAUUGUGCGCGCGCGCAUCCACUUCAGCCCCGGAGAAAAUGGCCUUCCACUACCCGGAGGCGAGGAGGGAUGAGAGCGUCAUCGAUGAUUACCACGGCACUAAGAUUGCAGACCCAUACCGCUGGCUAGAAGACCCUGACUCGAACGAAACCAAAGAGUUUAUAGACGCAGAGAACAGAAUAACGCGGCCUUAUCUAGACGCGUGCCCCGUGAAGGCCGACAUCAACCAGAGACUCACGGAGCUCUGGAACUACCCCAAAUACUCGUGCCCCUUCAAACGGGGGAAUAGAUACUUCUUCUUCAAAAAUACUGGCCUACAGAAUCAAAAUGUGCUAUACGUACAAGACAGUCUGGACGGCGAGCCCCGAGUCUUCCUGGACCCGAACACGCUGUCCGAAGAUGGUACCAUCGCACUCUCCGGCAGUCGGUUCACGGAGGAUGGCAACACCUUCGCGUAUGGGUUGUCCGCUAGCGGUUCCGAUUGGAUCACUAUACAUUUGAAGGAUGUGGCCAGUGGGGAAGACUACCCAGAAGUUUUAGAAAAAGUAAAGUUCGCAUCAAUGUCGUGGACUAAGGACAAUAAAGGAUUAUUCUAUUCCCGUUACCCAGACCAGGCAGGCAAGACGGACGGUUCGGAAACAGAAGUGAACCGCGACCAGAAACUCUGCUACCACAGGCUGAACACCCCUCAAGCUGAUGACGUCAUCGUCGUCGAGUUCCCAGAAGAACCUCUGUGGAGGAUCGGCGCAGAAGUGACGGACUGCGGCAAGUACCUGAUCGUGUCGCCGGUGAAGGACUGCCGCGACAACCUGCUGUUCUACGCCGACCUCAGCAAGCAGCCCGACAUCAGCGGCAAGCUGCACCUCACGCAGAUCGUGCACAAGUUCGAGGCCGACUAUGAGUACGUCACAAACGAAGGGUCGGUGUGUAUAUUCCGCACGAAUAAGAACGCGCCGAACUACCGGCUCAUCAAGAUAGAUCUGCACAACCCCGCCGAGGAGAACUGGGAGACACUCAUACCUGAACACCCUAGCGACGUAUUGGACUGGGCAUCGGCAGUAGACAAUGAUAAGCUGGUCAUUCAUUACGUCAGAGAUGUGAAGAGCGUAUUACAACUACACGACAUGAGCUCGGGUAAGAUGCUACAAACCUUCCCGCUGGACGUGGGCUCCGUGGUGGGCUUCUCCGGCAAGAAGGAGCACUCCGAGAUUUUCUACCACUUCAUGUCCUUCCUGUCGCCUGGUGUUAUAUACCAUGUAGACUUCACCAAGAAGCCGUAUGAGCCCACUGUGUUCAGGGAAGUGAAGGUGAAAGGUUUCGACGCGUCGCAAUACGAGGCUAAGCAGAUAUUCUACUCCAGCAAAGACGGCACUAAAGUUCCUAUGUUUAUCGUUUCUAAGAAGGGUCUAGCACAAGACGGUUCGAACCCCGCUCUGAUCUACGGCUACGGCGGGUUCAACAUCAACAUCCAGCCCAGCUUCAGCGUCACGCGGCUCGUCUUCAUGCAACACUUCAACGGCGUAGUAGCUAUUCCUAACAUUCGGGGAGGAGGCGAGUACGGCGAGAGAUGGCACAACGCGGGCCGGCUGCUCAACAAGCAGAACGUGUUCGACGACUUCCAGUACGCCGCGCAGUACCUCGUGCAGCAGCGCUACACCCGCCCCGACCGCGUCACCAUACAGGGCGGCUCUAACGGCGGCCUACUGGUAGCCGCCUGCAUCAACCAGCGCCCUGAUCUGUAUGGCGCCGCCAUCGUGCAGGUCGGAGUACUUGACAUGCUUCGGUUCCAAAAGUUCACGAUCGGUCACGCGUGGGUGUCUGACUACGGCAGCUCCGACAACAAGACGCAGUUCGAGUACCUGCUCAAGUACUCGCCGCUGCACAACAUACAAGUACCUACUAAUACUACACAAUACCCCGCGACGCUAGUACUGACAGCGGACCACGACGACCGCGUGGUGCCGCUGCACUCGCUGAAGUUCAUCGCGGCGCUGCAGCACGCCGCCCGCGGCACGCCGCAGCAGCGCCCGCUGCUCGCCAGGGUCGACACCAAGGCCGGACACGGCGGCGGGAAGCCUACUGCUAAGAUUAUUGAUGAGCACACAGAUAUCCUGUGCUUCAUGAGCCAAGCGCUCGGACUCAAGUUUAUCAAAUGAACCCACCUGCCAUACCUUACAAAUAGUAUUAAACGAGAUGAAUGAGCUAAUAGUAUUAUGUAAAUAUAGCAACAACCACAGUGUCUCGAUGAUUACCUCGGGGUCUUACCUAAGACUGGUGAUAUUGUUACGCAUUGCUACUAUUUUUAUUAAUAAAACUUUGUUUUUAUUUUUGA